AGACCGCCUAUAAAAGCCCAAGCGUCGUCUGCGAAAGGCACUUCUGCUCUCCAGCAGCUUACAGCGUAGCCACCAGCCGACGCCACCAACCACCCAGCACCAUGAACUCCUUGGCCGUGAUCGCCCUGGCCCUGGUCGCCGCCGCCGCCGCCACCAGCGUGCCCGCCAGCACCAGCCUGGUGCGCGACGCCGCCGUCGUCUCGCCCUACGUCGGCUCCUACGUGGCGCCGGUGGUGCCGUCCACCGUGGUCGCCAGCGGCGUCGUGCCCGCCGCCGGCGUCAAGACCGUCGACGUGAAGACCGUGCCCUACCCGUACACCUACCAGAGCGUCUACCCCGCCGGAGUGUACCCCGCCGGGGUCUACCACGCUGGAAUCUACGGCGCCGGCUACCCGGCCAUCGUCCCCCACGUCUACUAGACCCGGCUGCCGCACCCACGACUCCUUGACACUGCCCUCGUAUCGAUCACAUUCCUUAUCUGCCUAGCUGCGUGUGUGUCUCUCUGUAUGUCUGUAUAAAGUUUUAAAAAAUCCGAAUAAAGUGCCCGUGGUAUUUUAUUCAA